AUGACGUACGGGCAAGUGUCUGACUGGCAAGAAAUGAACAUCGACGAAGCCUCCAGGAACGUAGACUCUAGUCGCCUUUGUUGUAAUCAGACUCCCUGUCGAGUCGCCGCACCGAGUUUCCCGCCAUUUCCUUUUCUUCCUCGUCCAUCUGCGCCGCCGUCAGCGGGUUUCCUCCUCCAGGAUGAUGAGAAAGGGGCGCCGGCGGGAAGGGCGGAGGAAAGGGACGCAGGGGAGGAAAGGGACGUAGAGGAGCUCCGGAGGAUCAAUGACAGUUACAGCCUCACCUCUGUGCCAGCCCCUGAUAUUACAGCCCCUGAUAUUACAGCCCCUGAUAUUACAUCCCCUGAUAUUACAUCCCCUGAUAUUACAGCCCCUGAUAUUACAGCCCCUGAUAUUACAUCCCCUGAUAUUACAUCCCCUGAUAUUACAGCCCCUGAUAUUACAGCCCCUGAUAUUACAGCCCCUGAUAUUACAUCCCCUGACAUUACAGCCCCUGAUAUUACAGCCCCUGAUAUUUCAGCCCCUGAUAUUACAUCCCCUGAUAUUACAGCCCCUGAUAUUACAUCCCCUGAUAUUACAGCCCCUGAUAUUACAGCCCCUGAUAUUACAGCCCCUGAUAUUACAGCCCCUGAUAUAGGUACUCGGCAGACGAUUACAGGACCACCUCCUCCAGAGGGCCAACUCCUCCAGAGGGCCAACUCCUCCAGAGGGCCACCUCCUCCAGAGGGCCACCUCCUGCAGAGGGCCACCUCCUUUAGAGGGCCAACUCCUCCAGAGGGCCACCUCCUCCAGAGGGCCACCUCCUCCAGAGGGCCAACUCCUCCAGAGGGCCACCUCCUCCAGAGGGCCACCUCCUCCAGAGGGCCACCUCCUCCAGAGGGCCACCUCCUCCAGAGGGGCCAACUUCUCCAGAGGGCCACCUCCUCCAGAGGGCCACCUCCUCCAGAGGGGCCAACUUCUCCAGAGGGCCACCUCCUCCAGAGGGCCACCUCCUGCAGAGGGCCACCUCCUCCAGAGGGCCACCUCCUCCAGAGGGCCACCUCCUUUAGAGGGCCAACUCCUCCAGAGGGCCACCUCCUGCAGAGGGCCACCUCCUGCAGAGGGCCAACUCCUCCAGAGGGCCACCUCCUCCAGAGGGCCACCUCCUGCAGAGGGCCACCUCCUGCAGAGGGCCACCUCCUCCAGAGGGCCAACUCCUCCAGAGGGCCACCUCCUCCAGAGGGCCACCUCCUGCAGAGGGCCACCUCCUGCAGAGGGCCACCUCCUGCAGAGGGCCACCUCCUGCAGGAGAGCAAGAAACUGACACGAUAA